CUCAACCAAACUUCCCUUUCAUCUCGAUAUUUCUAUUUCGGACUGGUUUGGCGGGUUCAACACCAAUCGCCGCUAGCCCACGGGCUUUUGAAUCGACAUUGACUCAACAUCUCCCCCGCCAAACAACCCUAACUAUACUGUCCCAUCUCUGACAAGCCAUUAUUAUAGGCCAAUUAGAUGCGGCAUUCUUGUUCCUUUGCUCGAACGGGGGUCGGGUAGCCAUUAUACGUCGCUACUUGCUGCAACUGCGUCGAACAGGGCAUCUCGAGACGAAAGUUGGCUCGUUGUAAAACAUGGGCUUGCUAGAACUCCUGGACUAUAACGCCGUGAGAGAUGGCGCUGGCGUACAUCUCUCGACUCUGUCUAGGCCGCUGCGGAGGUCGAGAAGGACAAAGACGCUCUGGGUAAUUGCUGGUCUCAUGCUGGUUUUGCUUGUCGUCUCUAGGACCGGGCUAUAUCAGACUACAAUUCUUCACGAUAUCUCCGAGAUCUAUCUUACCCAGCCUGUUACAUCGUUUGUGGGGGAUGAGAUAUCUCCCGCCAUCAACUCCCCCCCACCCAAAUUGAGCAAAGAUGGCAAGUUCGCUAGCGGCGUUACAAAGACAAAUCCUUCCUUUCAUCUCAUUAUCCGCGGAUCGAAGAAGAACCCCGCUAUUUGUAGGACGAUAUUCACCGCUAUGGUUCUCAACUAUCCACCGCCGACAGUUCUGGAUUUGAACGAACCUAUCACUAAAGACGGGAAGCCCGAGCAAGGGAAAUGGGAUAAGCUGCUGGCAAUUCAUAGCUACCUCUCAAAGAGCACGCAUAUGAAAGAUACCGAUGUUAUCAUGAUUACUGAUGGCAAUGAUACCUGGUUCCAGCUGCCGCCUGAAGUUAUGCUCCAAAGGUUCCAUGACCUGUUGAAGAGGAAUAACGACAAAUUAAGGUGGAGAUAUGGCUCCGUGUCAGAGAAGGUCGCUAAAAAUGAGCUCAAGUCUACGCAGCGAUACUCGCAGCGCAUUAUUUUUGCGGCGGAUAAAGUCUGUCGGCCGGAUCGCCCUUAUGACGCUUCCUGUUUCGCAGUUCCUUAUUCCAACCUGCCACCGGACAUCUACGGCCCGCUGACAGAUACCGGCAAAAAUGUGGCCCAGAACCGGCCUAGAUGGCUGAAUUCUGGCUCACUGAUCGGUUUAUUGGGCGAUGUGAAGCGUCUCUAUGAACGCGCAGCGGAAAUUAACUCCAAAAAUAUCAUGCUAGGCGACGAACAGGAAGUUCUUUCUCGAAUAUUUGGCGAGCAGGAAUUCACCCGAGAACUAGACAGACGCCUCAGGCGACCAAACUGGUACAUCCGCAUGGGCGAGUUAUUUGGAAUCCUCCAACGCAUAGACAUAUCACGCAUAUUCGUAAAACUGGCCCCAGGACGCCGGCACGAGUUCGCCAUCGGCCUCGACUACAAAUCACAACUCUUCUUCUCAAUGUCUCCCCAUUCCCAGCACAACCUCGAAUGGCUACACUACAACAACGUCUCACAACUCUCCUCCGCACAGCUCAGACACGGCGUCCCCCGCGAAGCCCGCCUGAACUUACCCGCUGAUAUCGCCAAGUGCGAAAACCCCUUCACCCCACCACAUCCACUAGCCGAAAAGAUACCACCCCCUUACGAUGCUUCGGUCGAUUACCUCCCAAGCCCCCAAAAUGAAUCCUGGCACACCCUCCCCCUCGCCACAGACGUCCACUCCACCUCCAUCCCCGCCCUCCUCCACACAAACAUCGCCAUCCCUACAAACUCAGACCCCAAGCCCAAACCCGACUUGGACCCAGACCCGCUCCACCUCUGGUGGCGACACAUGUGGUUCCACCCCUGGUCCCGCGCCCUCCUCCGGAAAUCCCUGCGCGCUCUGCGCAGCGGCGGGGCGGAGGCGUGGGACAUGCGCGGUGGACAGGGCGGUGUGUGGACAGGUAAUGAUGAAUGGGCUGAUUGGGUGAGUGUAUGUAAGGGGGCUGAGGGGUUAGUUUUUGGCAACGAUGGGUGGGGGAAGUGGGGGGAGGAGCUUGGGGAGGAUUAUCUGGCAGGUUGAUAUCGGGGAAUGGCCCGGAGAAGCUGCCGGAGAAGCUGAGGGAUAAGGAGAAAGAGGGGGAAGGGGAGGGGAAGGGGGUAGAGGUGGAUGGGGGCAAAUAAAGGGGUAGUUAAGUGGGUCGCAGGGGUUGGUUGAGAGCAUGGGGGAUUUAACUGACUUCUAUGUUAGAUUUGUGUUUUAUUUUAUUUUACCUUUCAUGUCAAGAGGAGCGGGGAGUUUAUUAUUUUUUUUUUUUAUCUUUUGUUUUCCUCUGAUUCCCGGUGGGUUUAGGAAUUUUUUAUAGACGUUUCUAUUCAUGGGAUGUAAUUUUAUUAUUUUACAAAGUUACGGAAGUUGCCUUAAAUGAAUUUGCUUAUUAGACGGUGCCGAUAAUGUCCUCAAAUCUCGC